AAUGAGGAGAACAAGAGAGAGAAUAAACUGGCAGAGCACCCAGUCCUUCUCGACGCGCCGCACAGAUCCUACGUGCUUUUAUUACCGGUACGCGCGCUCCGCGAUACCCGGAGGAGAAACUUCUUGGACGAAUUGGUCACUCGCUACUCUACUCCGAUCAGUGGGCCCUCGAGAGUCUGUGCCGGGUCCUGCUGGGACAGUCUGCCAGCCGAGUGUCAUAAUCGUUGUGCAACCCACUCGGUCAAUUGUCAUCUUUAUUUAUUUUUUCGGGACUUAUUUUUUAUUUAUCCUACGCGCUGAGAGAGGAGGCAGAGGCUACAAAACCUGUUUUUCAUUAUUACCCAGUGUUUCAUUCAAAAAGUAUACGACACGAGGUGCUGUUGAUCUUGACCAUACGAGUUUUUUUAUAAAUUUUAAUAAUUAUAGAACUUUAUACUUAUUUAUCAAGACACUGUACUAGUAUUUAAAUUUUAAAUGGAUAGAUUUAUGAUAUUUUUAAUUGGACAGUGAGCUACAGCUACAGCACAGCUAGGACUGUUUAAUAAUCAUAAUGGAGUCAUUAAAAGUGUCCGCGAGUAUUCAGAUGGUUGACAAAAUAAAUUUACCAUUACUUGUUGUUAUUGUUGUUAAAAGUCAAGAGGUGAACGAAUCCCCGGUGUCCUGGACAGCCGAGUGACUUGUUGCUUGCUAGCGAGAGUGGACGGAGGCACCCGAAAAAAAAUUUAACGAGAAAUGGAAGACGGCAUGCGAAGAACCAGGACCGAGCAGAGCCAGUGGUUCUCACCGAGACUCGACAAGGAUGACAAGAGACCUGGACUCGGCUCCGGAGCUCUUCACUUCAUACGCAAUCGUGGGAGUAUGAGACGACAACUGAUGCGAGACUCCAAUCGAGCAAAGAGACCCGAGGAACAGCCUCCGCGGGUAGACACCGCGGGAAGCAGCGGCGGGUUCGGAAAAUGGUUGAAAGAACACUUGAAAGGAUCGUCAGCUAAAAGUGCUCAUGAUACUGUCGGUGUCGAUAACUCGAGUACAUUAACAGCGACACCUCUAAAAACACGUGGGUUAAAUUCCUCGUCGGUGAGUGGUAACAGCGAAAAAGUAAUGUCACGGGGAAUUUAUACGCCGCAAAACGUCUAUUGUAGUUUGCCACGUGAGCACCGAAGACAUUCUCAUGAUUCUGGAAAAAGCAAUAAUGAUCCGUCUUCUCCAAGGGAGCGAUCAUCACGCUCGGGCAGUUGUCAUGCAAGAGAAAAAACUUCCCGAGAUGUUACCGGUAUCGCGAGGGGAGGUGUCUAUGGGAGCGAGGGAAAAAGUUCGCGGAGAAAAAACCGUGAAAAAAGACGACACUCUAUGAACGAGACUCGUGAACAUCGCAGUCAUCGUCGUAAAAGCUGUGUCCCGAAUGGCGGGGCUGCGUGUAGCGCGAUGACGGAGCUGCAGCCAUCUCCUGCGGGAUAUCGCGGUCAGGAUGAGGUUCCAGGUCCACCGACUCACCCCGUUGGGUUCGCCAAGUCCUAUUCCUCUCAUGGGCACCUCGAGACGUGUAAUUACAGCAUCCCUGGCUACCUGACUCAGCAGCAGCCACAAAGCGGAUCCCGCGGGUCAAGUCCGGGUGAUAACUACCGCAGCAGAAAGUCUGACAGGUGGAGUUCGGAGAACGAUAGCAAUCUUGGCGACAGUGCCAUUGGCAGCAAGACGGCAAUUACUAGUUACAAUGAAGGGUACAGCAAAAAAAACACUCCGGGCUACAAAAAUGACAGCGGGUACAGCGAGAGUAUCGGGUUCGACAGUUACAGCCUCCCGUUCAAUGAAGCGGAUGAAGCGUCUCCGCCUCCGACUCCGCCAGUGCGAGACGCCUCGAGCCUCAAGGGCGUCUGUUGCGGUCCAGGCCACGAAAAAUAUCCCUCUUGGCCUUCCACCGCCUCGGAGCACCACCACCAUCACCAGCAUUAUCCAGACAAUGAAAUUGACUCACCCAGUGCUGACGUCGAGUGCUCCCAGUCCGGAUCUCACAGAUCUAAAUCCUGGACAGACGAUACCAACUAUCCUAAAGAGAAACCAGUGCAAUACUCGAGGCCUCUUGCAAAACGACCCAAUCCCACUUUUACCCAGCAGCUAAAGACCGUGAUGGAGAGAUGCGAGAAAAUACCAACAGAGAAUUACGAGUCCCGGGGCAGCAGGAGCAGCCUCGAGGAGGAUCAGACUCGGCUCUGGCCGCGCGUUGAUCGAGAGUCCAAGUCUCUGGGUCCCACCGAUCCCGAGUAUGUUGUUGCAUCCUCUCCGUCCGAGCGUGAUCAGCAUCAGCAUCAACAUCAGCAGCAGCAACAGCAGCAGAAACAGUCGCCUCAGACACUCAGUCAUGCUGAUCUUGAGGCGUACGUCAGAAAUUAUCACGAUCCCCAAGUAUCUCAGGUUGAUAUUUAUCGGGAGACCACCUUAACUCAAGCCGGGUUGGAAGAGUACACUAGAGUCCAACACUCUCAGCAGGCAAGUUACGCUCAGUCUGAGGGCUAUCACAGCUACGUCUCCAGUGUUGACUCUACUACCAAUACUCCUUUUUUGGACCGAUUGCGACGUGAUAGCGAAGCAGUUGCACAACGGGCAGCGCCUUCCUGGGAAGAAACAUCUCGCGAAGGGAGAGAUAGCGUCGUAACAACAUCAAGCGGCGGCAGUGCAUCAAGCAGCGAAACUCUUAAAUGGCACGGGUCCAUGUCGGACGUUAGUGUUUCCUCGGGUCUGCCUACAAGGCAGGUGAACGGCGGCGACGUUUGGCCCCACGGGUCCAUGUCAGAUGUGAGCAGCGUCAACGGUGUUGUGACCAGCGGGAUUAAAAAGCAUCUCGAUAGCGAUCAUGACAAGUGGCAAGGAUCUAUGAGCGACGUCAGCUCAUCUCUGAUGAUCACCACUAAGCUGAGACACUCGAACAAUAUUAAUAACACCAACGGCAACAGCAACAACAACAACAGCAUCAAUAUGAACAAUAAUGAUAGCAAAUGGCAAGAAAACAAAUGGCAGGCGACGAUGAACGACCGUAACUGUAAACAGAUAAGCGGCAGGACUAGUUUACCAUCAGUUAUCAGUCACUACGCGUCAGUGAAUGAUGUUUGUCAAGCUAGUUCUGUUCGAGAUGGUGGCAAGUGGCAGGAGUCCAGUAUAGAUGAAGAAACACACGACAAGUCUAAAGGGAUUCAGCGCGGCUGGGAGUCUUGUAUUAAUGUCGAUCAAGCGAGAUAUAAUCACAAUUCACGACCUAUGCCGCAGAGUUCAAUGUCCCAGUCUCAGCUUCAGCAUCAACAUCACCAACAACAGUCCCAGCCACAACAGCACGGCUCAGACGAUUGGAAUCCGCUCCACGGGUCUAUGUCUGAUGUCAGCCAGGCAAAUAUAUCAAUCCAUGCUAGCAGUAAACAGCUCAUUGCUCACAGCGCGCGAGUCCAAACGCCUCAGAGACAUCAUUCAGAGAGUGUUUUAUAUCUCGAUAGAGAAAGAACGCUGAGAAAACUGUAUCCGGUAUCGACGACGAGCCAGCCGCGCGAUGAACCUGGACAAACUAGAAUAUCCCCGGUAUCGCCACAACAGACUCAUUUAUCAGUCGCUGAGAGAAUUAAUGAAUUAGAAAAACAGCAGAUGCGUUACACGUAUUUAGAUCCAGAGAAACGUCAUCGUGUAUCUGAUCCGACGCUCAAGGCUAUCCAGAAGAAAGCGCUGCUAUCUUACUACGAGAGGCACCAUCAAUCUUCUUGGCGAUCUGAGCCCCAGCUUGCCCAGGGUGUUGUAGUGCCAGCACAAAGCCCUCCGCCGCAGCCUCCGCCACGGCCUCGGCCUCCGUCCUCAAGGCGCGCCAGCUCUGCGUCCGACUACGCGAGUAUCAGUUGGCGAGAUAAAGCAAACGGCAGCUCGAGGAAUCACAACGAAUUACCUGGUCCCAAACAUCAGCACAGCAACAGCUGCGGAAGUCUCUCGACUGACUUGCUGGGUCCAGUAAUUGUCGGCCCAGCUAUUUCUAUUGACGACUGGGUGCCCGAGAGGCCGCCUAAGAAGCCGCAUCUGCGCGCAGUCUUCAACGAUCGGGUGCCAAGUCCAGAUCUGCCGCCACCGUCUCCACCAACUGUUACCGAGAGCGAGGUAUUGAAUUGCGACGAGCCGCUUCCACCGCCUCCGCCACCCCUGGGUGAGCCCGAUCGGAACCUCGAGGCUGCCGGCAUCAAGGAGACCGAUCAGCACGAAGAAAUAAAGCGCCAUCGAAGCCAGAUUGAGCCCGGCUCUACUCGCAGAUCCAAACACUCAAAGAGAUCUUCUGAUAGCAGCAAUAAAUCAUCAGCAGUAACAUCGCCAGUAUCAUCUCCAACUAAAAAUAACCCCAAGCAACAGCAUACCGAUGAGCAUCAUCCAUUUAUUCGUGCUGGUCCAUUGAAGCCUUCAGACGCGGGCGAAUUUACUUGCGAUAAUCCCAGCCUCGGCGGAUACGCUACGCACAGAAUAAUAACAACUGGUAGAUCUAGUCUUCGUUAUCCAGCUGCGCAAAAACUUGUGGUAAGUAGUCGUGUGGCAGCUUCUGCUGGUAGUUCGACUGCUGGUCCUGGUUCUGGUUCUGGUCCUGCUGCCGCUAAACGGAUUUCUGAAGAACGUAACAAUUUAUCCCGACCACCAGCGCGAUUACCAGACCUGGUAUCAACAAGAUACUCAAGUAGUGGAAUCUGCGACUCGGGCAAUCAACGGCCGGCAUUGCAAGUGCCCGUCGAGUCACGCAUAAUUCGCCAGGAAUCGAUGCGGGUGGAGAGCACGAGAGUCGACGCCUCUGGUCUUGCAAAGAUUGAUGAUAAUCGAUUGCUAGAGUCGUCAACAGGACAAAGACCUCAGCCUCAAGUGCCCAAGACUACCGGGUUAGACAAGACAUCGUACGUGUCCCAGCAGCCACGACCCAAUUAUCUGCCUCUAUCCGACAUCAAGAAUAACAACAACAACAAUAAAUAUUCCGAUGCGCUCGGGUACUCAGUCGGUACUGCAGUUAAGACUUCCUACGAAGCCAACGCGAAAUUGCUGGCAGAGGGAAGUCCCCAGAAGUAUCACGAGCCUCCGAAAUACGUCGCUAAUCGACACGGGGAUGGAACGAUGAGAAAUUAUUAUGUUCUUCCUUCCAAGUACACUGACAGCUCGAUCCAGUCGGCUCAACAGUGCACCGACAGAUUCGCUACUUCACCGAGCUCGCCGCCUCCGCCUCUUGCCCCAAGACAAAAUACUUGCAUGAGGAAAUCACUGCCAGCGCCUCCGCGUCCUGCGCCUCCGCAUUCCGUCCAAGGAAGCCAAUCAAAGGCAUCCUACUUGGCAUACAAACGUGAACGCGGUGCUCCCGAUAGCGAAGGCAGCUACAAACGUACAAUGUCACCGACAGCGCGACUGGAAGAUUGGCCGCCACCUCGAGAUCGUGAUGAUCCAGUUUUGUUGCGCGUUACUCCGCACCACCCGCUUCAUAAUAACAAUAAUCAUAUCAACAACAACAAUAACAAUAACAAUAAUAAUAAUAACAAUAAUCAUAAUAAUAACAACAAUAACAAAAACAACUCAAGUCACAAUGAGUUGGCAAAGUCUCACAGCGUCGACGCUCUUCAUCAUCGCAUCGAAGAGCGCACGAACGCCCACUCGGUCGAGGUACUGGGUAAGCUGUCGCAUGAACUCAGCAAAAAGCUGCAGGCCAGCGACACGCGACCUAGAUCCGAAAGUAACAACAACAGCAUUCUUAAUAAUAACAAUAAUAAUAAUAAUAUUAAUAAUUCUAACAGUAAUAAUAAUAAUAAUAACAACGAAGAUCGGCUGCACCGGCAAAUUGACAAGAGAGACCUCAAAGAACGCGUGUCGCCUCAGAGUGUUCAAGUUUUGAAUGACAGAAACCGGCAGCUUGAACGCGAGCGUCGUAAGCUCGCGGCAAAUUGUGAAACUAUUGGAGAACCUGAACUACUUAAUAGUGAGACUAAAAAUGGAAUGGAAGAUUUUUAUCUUGAAAGAAGCGCAACUAUUGAAAUGACAUCAAGAAAUGUCGAAUUGUUGAAUCGUAGAAAUAUUUUGCCAGAAAAAAGACACUCGACAACUGGAACGACCACCGAAAUUGAUAAUGACAAUUCGUUGUCUUCAACAUCAACAUCAACGUCGACGUCAACCUCGACUUCGCCAUUUGCCGACAAAUCGCCACCGACAACAUCCCCGAGGUUUACAAAACUACACAAGAAUGACCAAGUCCAGUUGAGAUCACGCGGCGCCGUGCCGAGAAGAUCCGGCAGCUGCUCGAGCUCCAGUUCUUCAAGAUCUUCACUAGAUCAAGGGUUAACGCACUCGCGUUCUUCGCCGUCUAAAAUCUAUUCCAACAGCAACUCACUGCAGAGCCGCAGCGAGCACAGGAAGUCACUUCCGGAGUUAGAGAACGUGAAGGAAACGUACCCGAGUCCGCGCAGCAAAGUGUCCAGUCCCGCGCAGACAGAGAGCUCGUGGAUUAAAUUGGGCGGCAGUCAAACGGAGAAUCUGUUCAUGAGCCGUCUUCGCCGGUCGCCUUCCUCCGGUUCAAGGUCCUCGUCUCUGUCAAGUGCCUCGAAGAUUUCCAGCUCUUCUUCCUCUCUGUCCCCGAGAUACUCUCCAGUGGAAGGCAAAGUCGCCUCUCCCUGCGUGUCGCCGCAGCCCGGAAUCGAGGGGCUCACUCUCGUGCAGAGAACUGAAGUUAUUCUCCGCGUGAACACCACCACCAUGGACGUCGCUUCGCAAACAGAAGCUCUGGACGAAGAGGAGCCCGCGAAAGAGAUCAACCAGAGUCCGAUAAUUGCCGAGCCGCGACGUAAACUCCCCGAGGAAAUCGAGUGUGAGAAGUUAAGUCGGGACUUGGCCAAUCAAUUGGGACCCAACGAUAAACUUGUUCCGAUUCUAGUGCCAGUGCCGGAGUUGAAGAAGCCGACGGAUUACGUGUCCGGUCUGUUCAGGGUUGAGACAACGCUGCAGCCGCGUCCGCGACGUCUGGUGUCAAUGGAAUCCACCGCGAUAUCCACUGCCACGGAGAACGGAACUGAGGAUGAUAGAAAAAACGAGAUGCCAUCGACACCAAACAUUCCAUCAAACAACAGUAAUAAUAAUAAUAAUAAUAAUAAUAAUAAUAAUAAUAAUAAUAAUGGUGAUCAGAGUAGUCCGUUGUCACCAACAUCAACGUAUUUGACAACUUCGGAAGGCAAAGCGAGGUUUCUAACUCAAUAUUCUCAGGAUAUUGCUGAUGUAAAAGUUACUAAUGGCGUAGAUACGUCGCAGAGUAACGACAUCGAUUUGAAGCAGAAGAAGGAGGAACUGGUGAUGAGGCUGGACAGAAAAGUUGUGGUGCUUAAAGCUGAGCAAGAAGCUGUCAAAGAAGAAGGAGAAUUGAAUGAAACGCUGGGUGCUAAAGUCGCGUCGAGGAUUUCGGCGGUCGCGAGACCCGCGGAGGCCUCCAAGUAUCGGUUGCAUGUUGAAGAAGUCGGCAAGAUAACGAGUCUUCUUCUGGGACUCAGUGGCAGACUUGCGAGAGCUGAAAAUGCUCUCCAUGGUAUGCCUGCUGAUCAUUCUGAGAGAAAAAUUUUAGAAGCCAAGAGGGACAAACUACUCGAGCAAUUAGAAGAAGCUAAAAUCUUGAAGAGCAACAUCGACAAGCGCAGUGUGAACGUAUCAGCGAUUCUCUCCAAGUAUUUGAACGACGAGGAGUUCUUAGAUUACCAGCAUUUCAUCAACAUGAAGACCAAGCUGAUAAUGGACGGAAGAGAAAUCCAAGACAAAGUUAAGCUCGGCGAGGAGCAGCUUGCGGCCCUUAAAGAAGCAAUUGGCUAGUGAUAAUAAUCCUCUAUUUUAAACUAACAAACACUAAUUAUUUAACAAAAAAAAGUAAAAAAAAAAAACGCUGUGACCGUGUGACCAUUGAGUCGAAUUGAAACCGCGACUCACUAAAGUGUAAUUGUAUCUUAAUUAUUUUAAAAACUCUACGUAGACUAUCUAUAAAAGUAUAUAAAUAUAUAAAUAAAUAUGUAAUACGUCGA